CCCGCAACGAUAAACCAGCAGUCUCCCGCUCCAUGUUUGGGAGCCAUGCCCAACUACAAACCCAACGUUUCCAAGCUGGCCGCCGCGCCCCGCGACAUCCACACGGCAGAUUAACCCUUCUUCUCCUUUCCUUCCUUCCUCCCUCUCCGCGCGCGCGCGACCUCCCGCAGACCCGCCUCCGCGAAUCUAGCCACCCCCGCGCGUGCGCCACGCACCGUCCGUCCGUCGGACCUCGGCCGGGCCGGCCCGCGGUCGUCGGCGCGCGGAGGGCGUUCGUGAGAAUGCGUGCGGCGGCGAUUGGUUGCUAGCUAGCUAGCGGCAUGCCUGGCAUGAGCGCGUGAUGGCGCCGCCGUUCCUGAAGACCGGGCACGGCCGCGACAGGUUCUCCUUCAGGCGGCGGAAAUCGUCCUCCUCCUCGUCCUCCUCGUCGACGCCGUCUUCUCCGCUCUCGGUGUCGUCCACAGCGUCGGAGGACAUCGCCGACCCGGGCAGCCCCAUGGAGUCGUCAGCGACGACGGGCAAGACGCUGCCCUGCGCCCGGCGGGCGCUCUCGCGGAGCAGCUGCGGGUCCAGGGGCAAGCUGUCCGUCGACCUGAUCCCGCCGCCGCUCGCCGGCGGCCCGUCCGACGCGCCCAGGUCCUCCACCUCCGCCGCGCCGCCCCCCAAGCCUCCCCCCCGCAACGAGGGCCCGCCUUCAGAUGCUGACAUCGUGAGGGACAAGUUCUCCAAGCUGCUGCUGGGGGAGGACAUGUCCGGCACCGGCAAAGGGGUGUCCUCUGCCCUCGCUCUCUCCAACGCCAUCACCAAUCUUGCAGCUUCCGUGUUCGGUGAGCAGCGGCGUCUCCAGCCGAUGGCCGCAGAGCCGAAGGCCCGAUGGACAAAAGAAAUUGACUGGCUUCUGUCCGUUGCCGACCACAUCGUCGAAUUCGUUCCUUCACGUCAGGUGUCCGAGGAUGGCUCCACCAUGGAGAUAAUGAUGACUCAGCAGCGUAAGGAUCUGCAGAUGAACAUCCCCGCACUGCGCAAGCUCGACGGGAUGCUCCUUAGCUAUCUUGACAGCUUCAGGGACAAGCAGGAGUUUUGGUACGUGUCGAAAGACGCAGAUGACUCGGAGAAGGGAGACGCGCCGAAGCAGGAUGACAAGUGGUGGCUCCCGACUGUCAGGGUCCCUCCUAAUGGUCUGUCGGACUCGUCGAGGAGGUGGCUUCUACACCAGAGGGAGCUCGUCGGCCAAGUCCAUAAGGCAACAAUGGCCAUCAAUGCUAAUGUUCUUAUGGAGAUGGAUGUUCCAGAAGCCUAUAUGGAGUCUCUGCCUAAGAAUGGAAAGUCUAGCCUUGGAGACUCAAUGUACAAGCUUAUAACUGACGAAUAUUUUGACCCAGAAGAACUCAUAGCAUCAGUAGACUUGUCAGCCGAGUACAGCAUCGUUGAUCUGAAGAACCGAAUCGAAGCCUCGAUUGUCAUUUGGCAGAAGAAAAUGACGCAGAAGGAUGCCAAGAUGUGGGGGCAUGGUGUCAGUCAUGAGAAGCGGGGACGGUUUGAGGGGAGGGCGGAGAAUGUUCUUCUCCUCCUUAAGCACAGAUUCCCCGGAAUUUCUCAGUCAGCUCUGGACAUAAGCAAAAUCCAGUACAACAGGGAUGUUGGCAGUGCCAUUUUGGAGAGCUACUCCAGGACUCUUGAGAGUCUAGCAUACACGGUUAUGUCUCGCAUCGAAGACGUUCUUCGCGCCGACUCCCUUGCUCAAGACCCCAAGAACGCGGAGGCGACGAGAAUGCCGAGCUUAUCAUCAGAUGACACAGACACGGUCGUCCAAGAUGCCAAGGACGAGGUGGAGAGGCUGGGAAGAAUGGAGCCUCUGAACUCGACACUAUUCGACUACGUGGGCCCACGGGACGGAGAUAUCGGGCCCAUGAUGUCGGAUUCACAGGAACCUCGGGGUGCAAAGCUGUCAAAGGUUUCGUCGAUCGCAACCAAGAGGUUCUCCUACCUAGAUAAGCUUGAGAAUUUGGGUGGAACAAGGAGCCCCAUAUCUAGACACUAGUCGCUGCCGUAGGGGAAAAGACGAUCAAUAUGGUGUUGAUGUUGCUGCAGAGACUCCGGGGAAAACUGCACGUAAAUAGCUCCGCAAAAACUGAGGGUGCAGCAUGCAUUGUGAGGUUUAUGUAAGCUUUCAAGCUUUCAGGCACCAAUACCUCCAAUUUGGUGCAGUUGCCAAGACAAUGUGAUGACGAUUCUCCUGCUAAAUUUACAUGAAAUAACCACAAGAUUCUGACACUGGACCUGAAAAUGGACCUCCAGAUUUUCUUACUGUACUUCUGUAGCAAAGUUUUGUGGUUCCAGUAAAGUGUUUGUUAUCUUAGACUUGACUUGCAGACCAUGCUUGGGUUCGGCUAGUGUUCUCCCCACGUACAAUUUAAGAGGGUAAUAACAUAUCACUGAACUUGGAGAUCGAUCUGUGUUAGCUUCUGGCGUUCUAGAUCGGCACUGUAAUAAGUAACUGUAACUGUACCAUGGCUCUAUGCAUUGGGAAAUUAAAACCACUCGUAUGAGUAAAUCAAUUUACAGGAACAAAUGAGCAGUAAAAAGCAUCCUUCCGGUUGCUGAUAGUACGUGCAGCUAGGCACGCCAUAUGAGUACAUACAACGAAGGACUUAACGUCCAGAUACGCAGAUCCAUGGU